AUGAUUGAGAGAGUUUGCGCCGCACUCGAUAUCUCAAUAUGGUGUUGGUGCGGCUACGAGGUAAGCUCUCUCUUUCUCAUAGAUACAUGUGAUGUUGUUACACGAAUUGCGGUCGGAAUUCCCGUAGGAAUGUAUUCUUAUGCAUGGCUAAUAUUUGUUCUUAAUUUAAAAUACGAAUUUUCAAUUCUACUCGGACUCUAUUCAACAUUAGGCUAUUUGGUAGCUGCCAUACUCAUUCAUCUUCUUAGAAAACAACGAAAAACACCAAAAGGUUUUCCACUUAAAGAACUUGCACUGAUAUUAGGCUUACCUAUGUUAUCAAUGCUAAUAUUUAUGAAAUUUUCAUUCUUGUACAAAGGAGAUAUUACAAGAGGUGCUGUUUAUGGAGAUUUUCCAUUUCACAUGAACAUCAUCUCUUCUUUUGUAUACGGGUGUAACAAGAACAGACGAUACCUAUUCGAUACUGUUUCUCCAUUUUUCGCUGGAGUCAAACUUGCCUAUCCAGUUCUCGUAAAUUUCCUCUCUUCAAUCAUGAUAGGCUGUUUUGGAUGCAGAAUGACAGAAGCUAUACUGUAUCCAUCAAUACCAGUUGCAUUUUCCAUGCUUUUACUUUUUAAUCAAAUUGUUGCGAUUUUUACUCGAGAAAGAAUUACAUGUUGCCUUGCUCCAUGGCUAUUUUUAUGUCUUGGAGGUCGCGGAUUCUUCAGAAUCUUCAAGAAAGAAGCAGUAGAAGACUACGGAAUUGAUUUUGUCCAUAACUGGGGUGCAGAUAGAUAUGCAUAUUGGCUUCAAACAGUAAUGCAUGUCCUAUUACCACAACGAUUAUCCUUAUUCGGAUUACCACUUUCCUAUGCUUUCAUGGUAAUUAUAAUGAGAUCAAAAUUUACCAGUGUCAAAUCCUUUAUUUUAGCAGGAUUGAUAGUUGCUCUUAUGCCACAGAUUCAAGCUCAUGCUCUCAUUGCAGCAUUCGAGUGGUUGCUUGCUUGGGCAGUGAUUAACUUCAAAUGGAAACAACCAAAAGAAUGGUGGCCGCAAAUCAAAUGCUACAUUGCGUUAGGAAUUCCUGCUUUGACAUUAGGUAUUCCUCAACUUGUUCCUUAUAUGGAACGCUCACAAGAGAAAGGAUUCUUUACAAUCAACCCUGUUUGGAAUGAUGACAAACUUAAUUUCUUUAUUUUGUGGUAUGAUGGAUUAUAUAUGUUCUUUUUGAUUUCUAUCUUUGCUGGAUUUGCUGUUCUCACGAAGAGACAGAUAAAGAUCUAUAUUCCUGCUUUGUUUGUCUUCUUCUGUAGCAAUAUAAUGCAUUACCAACCUUGGAACAUGGAUAAUUCUAAAGUUUUCUACGCUGGUUGGAUUCCUUUUGCUUGUGCUGUUGUUGCAAUUUAUUUGAUGUUUUUGUCAGACCAAGAAGGUUUCUUCUUCCAACUUUCUAGCUUAUUGCUUCUCCUUGCUUGUAUAUUCUCAGGGCUAUUGUGUAUUUUAAUACACAUGCUUAAUUCAGCCACUCAAUGGAAUCCUUAUGAAGAUGUCUACGGAUUCGCAAAACAAGUGAUUGAUAAAACAGAUCCUAAAGGAAUUUGGCUUGCAGAUUCUUUCCAUGAUCAUCCAGUUGCAACAUUAGCUGGUAGACAGCUUCUUGUUGGUUAUAGAGGAUGGCUUAUGUCCCAUCAUCUGGAUGAAACAGAAAGAGAAGAUGAGAUGCGGAAAUGUGUGAAAAAUCCAAAUAAAACGGAGUGGAUGGAUAAACACAAUGUAACGUAUGUAGCAUAUCAUAAGCAGUCGCAUGAUGAAGUAGACAUGGAUUUCAACGUUUCUACAAAAUGGGAUCUAAUUAUUGAUGAUCCAGCUUGGAAAGUCUAUCAUAGAAAUAAUGUUCGAUAA